UUAUUGGAGAUGCAUUUUGACUUGAAGGCCAUACAACUGUCCAUACGUUUCUUCUUCAUCUGAUGCAUUGGAACUCUCAUUUCUGCAUAUCGUGUUGGAUUCCAUGACUGCCUGACCUCAUAUCUGCUGCUUCCAUCCUGUCUGCAAGUUGUGACAACUUAAAAAUGGGAAUCCUCCGCACAUUUUGGAACAGUCCUAUAGGUCCUAAAACAACUCACUUCUGGGGACCUGUUGUGAACUGGAGCAUCCCCAUUGCAGCAAUGACAGACACAAAGAAACCCCCAGAGUUGAUUUCUGGCAAUAUGACUAAAGUGAUGUGUGUUUAUUCGGCAUUGUUCAUGAGGUUUGCAUAUAUGGUACAGCCAAGGAACUACCAUCUGCUCGUAUGCCAUGCAACAAAUGAGACUGUACAGCUCUAUCAGCUCUCCCGUUGGAUGAAGGCUCAAGGUGUUCUGAGUUCUAAUUACUCACAAACAGCAGUGAGUCUGUGACCCAAUUAGUAUUUUGCUUGGCUCAUGGAAGGAUGAGAUGAUCUGUUGAUUUCAAUGAAUGGCCUCCUUCAUUUAUUCACUAAAGAAUCAAUGCCUGCAUACCAUCGCAAAUUGGAUUCUGCUCGUGUCGAGACAUAAGUAUAAGACUAUAUAGGUCAUUGGAUCAAUAUACCUUUGUCUAUUUAAUUAAACGGGUCAUACCCUUUAACCUUAAUCUAUCAAUUUCAUGUUGGAUUCAGAGAUUGUGUCAAAAAUUAUCAAUCAUUUGUGUGCUAAGUACAUUAUAUCAACACCGAUAAUACUCAAGAUCAAAGAAGUUCAUCUAUGCAGCAAAUGAAAUUCUAAUAUCCUAUCCAUUAUGGCAAGCAACUUGGCCUAGAAUUCUAUUAUUCCUUUCCUUUGCCCCGCAAUCCAAGAUGCUGACAGAAGUUUUUUAUGAAUGGUUUCUUUG